UAUUCGAUGGGUCUCGUGAUAUACGCGGUAUGGAGUGAUGGAAAACAUCCAUUUGGUGAAGAUCCAGAUGGAUGGAACAUGUACAUCAAGAAAAACCAAAAUCUCCGUGAUCUCAGCCAUCUGCACCUCAGCGACAAAACCAGAGCAAAUAAUUUUCUUGAGAAGAUGUUGCAGUUUGAGCCGGAAAAACGCCCAACGGCUGAUGAGCUUCUGGACGAGGAAUUGUUCCGAAGAUCGGUGAAAAGUAAUUCGGACAUUUCGCCAGAUGUAAUUUUGGAAAAUAUGUGUCAUGAAUAUGAUAACAUGGAAUACGAGGGUCUAACAGCUACAGGGUGGAUUCAAGGUCUUAAACCAUCUGAGUCAAUACAAGAUCUUCCCAACAGAACAACAGAAAAAGGCAGCAAUGAAAAUGAGAUAAUCUUGUCUCGUGAUGGCAAAUUCUUCUUUUACAAACCAGCAACAAAGAAAUGGCGUCAAUGGAAGGAAAUAAAUCAACUCUCCAUCAACCUGUAUUCUAUUGUUACAAUGAACGAUUAUCUCUAUGUGUUGGGUGAAAAUGGCGAUGUUUAUCGUACAAAAUACGCUGAUUCUGAACCAAAAUGGGAAAUAUUGUCGAAUAUGAUAUGCGUUCACGGAUAUUUUCCUAGCUCAGUUACAAUGAAUGGAUAUAUCUAUGUGUGUGGUGGUCGCACAUCUACUACACAUUCACGCCCUGUUGGCUCAGUAGAAAGAUAUGAUCCAACGAUUAACGAAUGGCAAGAGUUGGAAAGCAUGAACGUGGGAAGAAAGGACCCCGCUGUUGUUGCAUUUGGAGGACGUUUGUAUUGUUUUGGUGGAAAGGAUGAAAACGGGGACUGUCUCAAAAGUGGCGAAGUAUUGGAACCUGGAUGUUCAAAAUGGAAGUGGACUUCACCUAUGCUUCUAGAAAUGAAAUCUUCUUUAUAUGCUGCAAAAGCAAAUGAUUCCAUUUCAUACAUCGUAGGUGGCCAAGUACUACAAUGCUAUGAUGCGAACAAUAAUACAUGGCAAGAAACAUCUUUGAAAAAUCAAUUAUCGGUUUCUAGUUGGCACUUCGAAAGAAUUAUCAGCCUUGACAAUGAAAUAUAUUUUAUUAUAUACGCUCAAGGAAUUCAUUCAUUGUACAAAUUCGAUCGUAAUACAAAUCAUGUUGAACCUGUUGAAACAGAUGAAAGAUUUUGGGCAAAUUCAGUCGCCGUCGGACAGAGGUGAAAUCAUAUGGUGGUGAUCCGCGGUUGACUUACGAAAAAGUGUGACAAUUGGUGUACAAAAUGUAUUGUAAUUUCAAGUUGAAAGCAUGAACGCGAAAUGUGUUAUGAUAAUAUCAUUGCAAAACCCCCGUAUAUAUCCAUAAAAUGAAAGGAGCACGUGUAGAAGCAAUUUUGAAACGGGACAGUUAAUACAAAAAAAUAUCACGUCAAUGCAAAAAUGUCUCUGAAGUGUUUUUGCAAAAUUAAGGUUAUAUACAUCCCAAAGUGAAAUCUCCGAUUAAGCAUGAUAUAAUAUAUAAUGUGCUGCGUUAACAAAUUUUCUAUUGCAACUUUAUAUAAAUUAUCAGUAGCUGUUGAUUCGCCAACUUGAUACUUCAAUAUUGAAAAUAAAUAAAAAAUUCGCCAAAUUUGAGAAUGAAUAAAAUUUUUCCAAACGUGUCCGUUUUAUACUUGAACUUUUAAAUAAGCAUUAUGAUAUGAUACGAGUUGUUAAAUAACAUGAGAAUUUAAAACAUGACGUCUUCACAAUAUAUACUUCAUUGCUUACAGAAUGAUCGACAUCAAAAAUGUUAAAUUUAAUUGAAGUU